AAACGUAAACUAAUGAAUCUUAGGAACUGCCCUGAAAAUAGGAAGUUAAUCGUCCGUUUUCACAACAUGGAACCGAUCUUUUGUUCUACCAUCAGCCCAAAAUCGAUAUAUAAAGCACUCACCCUUUACACUUCUCUCUAACUCACAGAUUAUAAGUAUCAGAGUGUGAAAUAAUUUCAAAAAAAGUAAAAGCAAUGAGGCUUUCAAUUAUCUCUGCUUUUCUUUUUUUCUCUCUUUUGCAGCCACCAACUUUUGCCAUUAAAAAGUCUUAUGUAGUUUACUUGGGAUCACAUUCCCAUACUCAUCACAACAAAAUUCAAAAUUCUCAUUAUCAGUUGCUUGAUUCAUUAACCACACCAAGCAAGGAGAAGGCCAAGGACAAAAUAUUUUACUCAUACACUAAGAGUAUCAAUGGUUUUGCUGCAAUUCUUGAAGAUGGAGAAGCUGAAGAACUUUCAAGGCAUCCAGAUGUAAUUUCAGUGUUCUUGAACAAAGCAAGAAAUUUGCAUACAACACAUUCAUGGAAUUUUCUUGGAUUAGAGAGAGAUGGAAAAAUUCCUCAUGAAUCUCUUUGGAUUAAGGCUAGAUUUGGAGAAGAUGUAAUUAUUGGCAAUCUUGAUACUGGUGUUUGGCCUGAAUCAAAGAGCUUUAAUGAUGAUGGAAUGGGUCCAAUCCCACCCCAUUGGCGAGGAAUCUGUCAGGAUGACACCACUCGAUUUCGUUGCAACAGGAAGCUAAUAGGAGCAAGGUACUUUAACAAGGGCUAUGCUUCAUAUGUUGGCUCUCUUAACUCCACAUUCCAAACUGCAAGGGACAUUGAGGGACAUGGAACUCAUACAUUAUCAACAGCAGCAGGGAACUUUGUUCCGGGAGCAAGCGUUUUUGGCUAUGGAAACGGAACUGCAAAAGGUGGAUCACCUAGUGCUCGUGUAGCGGCGUAUAAGGUUUGUUGGACACCUGUUAAUGGAAGUGGGGAGUGCUUUGAUGCAGACAUUUUGGCUGGAUUUGAUGCUGCUAUAAGCGAUGGUGUUGAUGUGUUAUCUGUUUCGCUUGGCUCGGACGCUACGGAUUAUUUUGCAGAUCCGAUUGCGAUUGGUGCAUUUCAUGCUGUUCGAAAAGGGAUUGUUGUAGUUGCUUCUGCUGGAAAUUCAGGACCAGAAGCAUCUACUGUAUCGAAUGUUGCACCGUGGAUUAUAACUGUGGGCGCUAGCACCUUAGACCGUGAUUUUACUACCUAUGUUGCACUAGGCAACAGGAGGCUCCUCAAGGGAACCAGCCUUUCACAGAAGGAGCUGUCAGUGAACCAGUUCUAUCCUCUGAUCACCGGUGAAGAAGCAAAGUUUAACGACGUCUCAGCCGUAGAUGCUGGGCUUUGUAUGUUUGAAGCAAUUGACCCCAAAAAGGUUAAAGGGAAAAUAUUGGUCUGCCUUCGAGGCGAAAAUGGGAGAGUAGACAAGGGAGAACAAGCUCUUCUGGCCGGUGCAGUCGGAAUGAUUUUGGCUAAUGAUGAAAAUUCUGGCAACGAACUUAUAGCUGAUCCUCAUGUUCUUCCUGCUGCACAUGUCAAUUUUACUGAUGGUCUAGCUGUUUUUGCCUAUAUUAACUCUAGCAGAGUUCCUACGGCAAGCAUAACUCGCGUGAGAACAGAGCUUGGCACAAAGCCAGCUCCACAGAUGGCUGCUUUCUCGUCGAGAGGACCGAAUCAAAUGGAGCCAUCGAUCCUCAAGCCUGAUCUGACAGCUCCAGGAGUUAGCAUAAUUGCUGGAUUCAGUUUAGCAACAGCACCAACCGAAGAAAAUUUUGACAAGCGUAGGACAUUGUUUAACUCCCAAUCUGGGACUUCAAUGUCGUGUCCUCAUGUUUCUGGUCUUGCUGGUCUCCUUAAAACUCUCCACCACGAUUGGAGUCCUGCUGCUAUUCGAUCUGCACUCAUGACUUCCGCAAGAACGAGAGAUAAUAAUUUUGAGGCAAUGCUGGAUUUAUCGUCAAGUCGCAAGGCUACCCCAUUCGACUACGGAGCAGGACACGUCCGCCCGAAUCGUGCAAUGGAUCCCGGCUUAAUUUACGAUCUAAACGAAGAAGAUUACUUGAACUUCUUAUGUGUUCAAGGAUACAAUCAAACUCAAAUUAAACUUUUUUCACCAAAACCACACUCAUGCCCUAACACAUUCACUAUUACAGAUUUCAACUACCCCUCAUUUACAAUUCCUAAUCUGAAUAGCCAGCCAACAACACUCACAAGAAGAGUCAAAAAUGUUGGUCCUCCUGCAAAAUAUUAUGCUCGUGUCAAAGAACCGGCCGGUGUUUCGGUUUCGGUUGAACCCAAAAUGUUGGAGUUUGAGAAAAUUGGUGAAGAGAAGACAUUUAAGGUUACUUUUAAAGCUAAGAAAAAAUUUGAACCUCUAGAUUAUGUUUUUGGAAGAUUGAUUUGGUCUGAUGGAAAGCAUUAUGUUAGAAGUCCUAUGGUUGUGAAGCAUCUUUAGGAUUAAUUAAUUUGAUUAAGUAGCUAGCUAUAGGUCCAUUUUUAAUUAAGUUUCUGUUUGGAGUAAUUAAGUACAAUUAAUAUGUAUAAAUCAGAUAGAUAAUUUGUUGGAUCAUCAAUUUAAUUCUUUUAAAUGAAGGAUAAAGUUGCUCUUUUUUGUUA